AUACCUGAGGAGAUCCCAGCUCAAUGUCCAGCAUAAUGAAGGCUUUUGUUACAUCAGGAUUGCUGCUGCUGCUCAUAGCUGGGAUGUGGAGGUGUUUUGGGCAAGAGCCAGUAUCAGUGGAAUGCAAUUAUUUUAAUCUCCGUGUUACAGCUAAAAGGGCACUGUUUUAUCCCGAUGAAUUUGUAGACCCUAAUGAAUUAUUCCUAGGGACAGGCUGCGUGGUGACUUACAUCCGACCACAUGAACUUGAGUUUUAUUAUCCUGUCAGUCUCUGUGGGACUGUUAUAGAGAUAGAACCUGAUAGAACUGUCUUUAAUACCUGGCUCACAUAUAAACCCAGGAAUUUACAUAUUUCUGCUGAGCUUCGACUGAAGUGUGUGGUUCCCAGCUCUUAUGUUGUGGAUGACCUACAAAUACCCUUUCCUGAUCAAUACUGGUUCCUGGUACAGCAGAGACUCUGCUCGUCUUGUAAUUACGCCCACUUAAAAGAUAACUGGUCAACACCUUUUUAUAAGAUGAGGAAUCAUUCAACACAUUUUCAUAGGAUGAGAAAUCAAUCCUUUCAAAAUCCUUUUCAGCCAUUCUUUUAACCCUGACUC